UUUGGUUCUUUGAAUUGCUUGAAGAAAGUCCUUUUUUUUUCUCGUUGAUCUAAUUCCUGUUGUUCUGUGUCAAAUUUCCGCCUUUUUUAAUGCCAUGCGUUAUAUAUUCUUGAGAUUAUUUGGAAAAUUUGCUGAUUAACUUGUUUUGUUCCUUGUUUCUUACCAGAUAAACUGUAGGUUUUGAGUAUUGGCGAGUUGGACGAUGAAUGAGAUCGAAUGGAAAAGUUUAGGAAAUGCUGAACAGGGAGCUUCAAAUGGUGAUUAUGGCAUUGGCCUCAAAUCAAUGGUUGCUUUUCUUGGAUAUGAUAUAUUUCUAAUUGAGAUACAUGACCACCUUCUUUAGAAGACACUGAAAAAAAAGUGUUGAAAAUACUUAGUCUGUAAGAGUUAAUCAGACAGAGUCAGCUUCCAUCUUUUAAAUUUCAUUAAUUAUAUUGUACCUCUUAAAAAUGGUGAUGGAAUUGAAAGCUAAUGGCCAUGGGAGCUUCUUAAAUGGUUCAAGUGAUAUGUACUUUCCAGUAGAUAAUGUGGAUCCAAUGUAUAAAGUGUUUUUGGAACACUUGAGGAAGGAUGGGAAAUCAUAUAUUCUAGAAAUGGAGGAUGGUGAUAAUGGUUUACCUGUAUUUGUGAAAUAUGAAAACAAUGAUGGAUUAUCAGAUUUCCUUCAAUUAGAUGCUGCCAUAAGCUCAGGACAUUGUAGCUUUGUCAGAAAAGGAAAAAUUGAAACUAAAAGAAGGCGCAUCUAUAGGAAAACAGAGGCACAAUCUAAUGAGAUUGUUGACUUCUCUGGCUUUCUGUCCAAAGAAGUUGAAAAUACACUAGUGGUUGGUAGUAACAAAGAAUUCCAGAACAUCAGGAAUAUGAGUGUUGAUUUUUCUGACUCUUUCAAGAACCUAGUUGAAAACAAUCUGGCUGAUGACAGUUAUGAAGAAUUUCUAAGUUACUUGAAAAUCCAAGAUGGUUUAAUGGUUUUUGAAUAUAAUUCAAUUACAGUCAUUUAUGAGGGCAAUGGAACAUCAGCGGCAGCUGAAGGAACUUGUUUAGAUGAUCAAGGUACUAUGCCAUUGCCUUCUUUUGAGAGCAUCCAACCCUCUCCAAGGCCAGCAAAUGAAGGUGCUACUUGUUAUGACAAUCAGGAACUGGUGUUGUAUGAAAGUAAUCUUACUCCUGAUGUAGUUAUUUGUGAAGCUGAUGAGAUGUCCAUGGUACCUCUUGACUCCUACAUUGUAUCUCCGUUUGAUUUGAAGCUUAUGGCUGUUCUUAGUAAGCCUUAUGACCAGCAAGAACAUGAAAUGCUUUGGAAGCACGCAAACUUUCGCAAACCAGUACUUCGGCACAAGGAUCUCCGUAAUCAGAGUAAAUCGUUCAGUACAAGACAAAUGGGAUUUUCAUAUCUUGAUCAUUUUCCAGAUCUUGCAAAAAAAUUGGAGCAUUCUGAUCCUCAGCAAGCGCUGAACCUUCUGCGUGGAUUAUUUUUCUGGUUAAAGAAUUUGUGCCAUGAAGGUGCUUAUAAGCCAUGGAUAUCUGCAAGCUCCAAAAUAGUUGAUGUCUCAGAUCACGAAAUGACAAGAGGACAAAAUAUAGAAUCUCAAACUUCUCCUUGUUCAUUGUAAAAGGUAUAUUAGGCUGUUCCAUGCUUAUCUGCAUGGUUUUUUAAUUUUGUAAAUGCUAAUCAGUCAACGAGGGAAACUUCAUACGUAGAAUCUGUGCUGCCAAGCUUGUAACGGUUGAUUUUUAUCAAUGUAUCUCUACUCAUUUCCUUUUC